AGAUUUUUGGCCAACAUCCAAAGGACUGUGUGUGGCGCAUCACACAAUCAUUCAGGGAUUCCACACCAUUCAUGGUGCCCCUGUCUGUUCAUGCACCAUUUUAUACUUUUAUAUUCAGGCAAAAUCUUCAUGUGGUUUAAAUCUCUGUUCAUUCCCAUCAGGGGCAGAGAAACCUGGAUCACACCCCCAUCCCUACAGGCCGACUGCAGUGUGUCUGCUGCUGUUGUGUAUUUUCCUAACCAUCUGCAUCAUUGUCCUGAGUAUCUGUUUAAAUAGAGCCAACUGGAAAUGCUCAGUGAUGGAAGGCGACCUGCAGCAGCUCAGGUCAAACAACAGGAACCUGACUGAAGAGAAGGAACAGAUACAAGAAGAAAUCAGCCAGAUAGAGCAACACUGCAGCUCCCUGGCCAGUGACAAUAACCAGCUGAAGGAAAACUACACCGUCUUAACAAACUACAACAACCAUUUACAGAAAAAUUACAGCAUCACAGCUAAACAAAAGGAUGUGUUACAAAAAAACUACAAAGCUGUGUUAGAUAAAUCACACCACCUGACCUCAUAUUGUGACACCAAUGAAAUACAGAAACCAUGCCGACCGUGUCCACAGGACUGGGAGCCGUUCAACUCCAACUGCUACUUUAUCUCCAUGGAGCAGAAAUCAUGGAAGGACAGUCGGAUUGAAUGUCUUAAGUUGGGAGCUGACCUGGUAAUUAUGGAGAGCAAAGAGGAACAAGGCUUCUUUAAUGGAAAAAACGAUAAUCACUGGAUUGGACUGACAUAUGUAGAGAAGAAAGGUUGGAUUUGGCUGGAUGGCAGAUCUCUGACAGGGUGUGAGGAGUACAGACACUCACCAGUUACUGACCAAGUUCCGUUCAUAUGACCAGAGAGCAGCAAUUUACCGGUAUUUCAAC